AUGGGCAUCCACGAAGAGCGGCUUGUUCUGGUCAUGGAGAUGCUGCCUGUCGAGUGCGAAGCUGAACGAGAUCCGAAUGGGAAUCCUCUCGCCUGGUCCCGCAGCACCAACAACGGAAGAACACAGAUGACGACUCCACCGUGGUUUGGCGAUCGGAUCGGCUAUCGACAAUCCGAAGCGUCGGCCAGCCAUGAUGAUUGCUUUCUCGCAGUAGCAGAGCCCACCAGGAUCACUGUGCCAUUUCUGCGCACCUCGCUACUAGGUCCAUCUCGCCAGGCACAGUCCAUGAUUCCAGUCGGCGUUGUUUGUUCGUUGUUUUGUGGUGCGAAAAGGGAAGCGAGCCAAUAUGGCAAGUCCCCUUGCCAGCUCCCUGUCAGCCGUCAGCACGAUGUGGAUGCGGAUAAUGGCGCUGAUCAUUCCGGUAGCAGUGGGAAUGGGGACACGGAGAAGCCCAAGGGCCCGGUCAGACAAUUGAAUGUCCGUGAGAACAUGGCGUUGACACAAAUUGAGUGUCUGACAAUCAGUCAAUCAAUCACAGGGCGAAAAGCUGAAGUGGCUUGCAGUGAUGGUAACAGAAUGCUGCGAGAGAAGACGGAUGAAAGAUGUGAGAAGAAAAGCGGAAGGUUAAAGAAGGAAAGACAGGCACAGACAAGCUGCAGUCAAUAG